AUGGAGGAUCAAAAGGAUGGCAUUAAUCCUUCCCAGGACCGUGGUGGAAGGGUCCUAGACACACGAGACGUGACCGAUGAAGCUGGGUUGCUCCCAGAAAAGGCCUCCGUGUCCCAAGACUGGAAACUUGCUGAUGUUGUGAGAGCAAAACACCAGAACAGUUUAGACAGUCUCCCAAGGGAGCGGAAGUUGGGUGUUACCUGGUCUAAUUUAACGGUCAAAGUCGUCAGCGCCGAGGCGAGCAUUCACGAGAAUGGCUUGUCGCAGUUCAACAUACCCCAAAUCGUGAAGGAGUCUCGACAAAAGCCACCACUGAGGACGAUUCUUGAUGCAUCUCAUGGCUGUGUCAAGCCUGGAGAAAUGCUCCUGGUUCUUGGUCGGCCCGGCUCCGGCUGUACAACGCUACUGAAGACAUUGGCGAACAGAAGAGGAGGAUAUGACACCGUUGAAGGUGAGGUGUGGUAUGGGUCCAUGCCUCAUAACGAGGCGAAAAGAUACAGGGGUCAGAUUGUCAUGAACACCGAGGAAGAACUGUUCUUUCCCACCUUGACCGUGGGUCAAACAAUAGACUUCGCCACUCGAUUGAAAGUCCCUUUCCACCUUCCCAAAGGCGCACAAUCUCGUGCGGAACACCAGCAAGCGACACGAGACUUCCUUCUUGAAUCCAUGAAUAUCUCUCACACCAAAGAUACCAAGGUCGGUAAUGAGUACGUGAGAGGAGUUUCCGGAGGGGAGAGAAAACGAGUAUCCAUCAUCGAGACCUUGGCGACCAAUGCUUCCGUCUUUUGCUGGGACAACAGUACCCGGGGACUAGAUGCAAGCACAGCACUGGAGUACACCAAGGCUAUCCGAUCGAUGACAGACAUACUUGGUCUCUCUUCAAUAGUGACGCUGUACCAAGCUGGCAAUGGUAUUUUCGAUUUGUUCGACAAAGUCCUGGUCCUCGAUGGUGGUAAAGAAAUCUUUUAUGGCCCGAGAGAAGAAGCACGCCCAUUCAUGGAAGAAGUGGGCUUCUGGUGCCCACCUGGUGCAAACGUGGCCGACUUUCUUACUGGCGUCACCGUACCGACAGAGCGACAGAUUCGAGAAGGCUACGAGGAUAGAUUUCCGAGAAGUGCCGACGACUUGCUGCAACAUUACGAAAGAUCUGAUAUCUAUAAACGAAUGGCCGCAGAAUAUGACUUUCCAAACACACCCGAAGCGGAGACGAAUACCAAAGCUUUCCAGGAAUCUGUUGUUUUUGAGAAGGACAAACGCCUUGCCCAUUCAAGCCCACUGACAGCUGGAUUUCUACCUCAGGUGCAAGCAUGUGUGUUGCGCCAAUACCAGAUUCUUUGGGGCGACAAAGCGACAUUUCUCAUUAAGCAAAUUUCCAACAUUGUGCAGGCCUUGAUCGCUGGAUCGUUAUUCUAUAACGCGCCCAAUAAUUCGGCAGGUCUCUUCGUCAAGGGAGGUGCGCUGUUCUUUGCCCUUCUCUUCCCGAGUCUGGUCGCCAUGUCCGAAGUCACCGACUCUUUCGCCGGUCGACCUGUCCUGGCGAAGCACAAAUCUUUUGCCUUUUUCCAUCCUGCCGCAUUUUGUAUCGCUCAAAUCACCGCCGACAUACCUCAACUACUGGUCCAGAUCACUACUUUCUCUGUGAUACUCUACUGGAUGACGGGGUUGGCUGCGGCGGCCGACAAGUUCUUUUCUCUGUGGGUGAUCCUCUUCGCCGCGGCUAUGUGCAUGACUGCGUGCUUUAGGGCUAUUGGCGCGGCGUUCUCGACGUUCGACGCCGCUUCAAAGGCAUCUGGUUUCGUUGUUAUGACCGUCGUCAUGUACGCGGGUUAUUUGAUCGCAAAACCUGAAAUGCAUCCUUGGUUCGUAUGGAUCUUCUGGAUCAACCCUCUUGCAUACGCAUUUGAAGCCAUCAUGGGAAACGAAUUCCACGAUCGCCUGAUUCCUUGCGUGGGCACCAACCUUGUUCCGACUGGGCCCAAUUAUAGUGAUCCGCGAUUUCAAUCAUGCACCGGAGUUCGCGGAGCUCAAAGCGGAGCAGUGUCUGUAACGGGCGAUGCUUAUUUAGAAUCGCUCUCGUACAGCCACUCGCGACUAUGGAGAGACUUUGGCAUUCUUUGGGCUUGGUGGCUGUUGUUUGUUGCAAUCACCAUCAUGUUCACGACUAGGUGGAAGUCAGACUCUGACAAGGGAAGCAAAGCCCUUGUUCCCCGCGAAAAUUCUCACAAGUUGCGCCAUAUCCUGGGAGAUGUUGAGUCACAGGUGCAAGAAAAGCAGGCCGUCAGCUCUGACUCGUCGCUGAAAGAACCUUCUUCCCCUGCAGACAACAGCGCUGAAACACUGGUCCAAAACACCUCCAUAUUUACGUGGAGGAACCUGAGCUACACUGUCAAGACCUCUCAUGGCGAAUUGAAACUCCUCGAUAAUAUCCAAGGAUGGGUGAAGCCUGGAAUGCUCGGUGCUCUCAUGGGAAGUUCUGGUGCGGGAAAGACAACACUUCUUGAUGUGUUGGCACAGCGUAAGACCGAUGGCACCAUUCACGGCUCCAUCCUUGUCGAUGGACGGCCAUUGCCUGUCUCCUUCCAACGAUCAGCGGGGUAUUGCGAACAGCUCGACGUGCAUGAACCAUACGCAACGGUUCGAGAAGCACUGGAGUUUUCAGCGCUUCUCAGGCAAUCCCGUCAGACCCCGGCAAAGGAAAAACUCAAAUACGUCGACACAAUCAUCGAUCUCUUGGAGCUAGGAGACAUCCAAGACACGCUCAUCGGGUUUCCUGGCGCUGGACUUUCGAUUGAGCAAAGAAAGAGAGUUACGAUCGGGGUAGAGCUCGUGGCGAAACCAAGCAUUCUGAUCUUCUUGGAUGAGCCGACGUCAGGUCUCGAUGGGCAGUCAGCUUAUAACACGGUCCGCUUCCUCCGAAAACUCGCCGAUGUGGGCCAAGCUGUGUUGGUGACGAUUCAUCAGCCAUCGGCUCAACUCUUUGCGCAGUUCGACACGUUGCUCCUGCUUGCGAAGGGCGGGAAGACCGUAUACUUUGGCGAUAUCGGGGACCAAGCCAGCGUCGUGAAGGAUUACUUUGCUCGAUACGGUGCUCCAUGCCCUUCUGAGACCAAUCCCGCAGAGCACAUGAUCGACGUUGUGUCCGGCCACCUAUCUCAAGGACGAGACUGGUCCAAGGUGUGGUUGGAAUCAGAGGAACACAAGAACGUCACCAACGAGCUGGAUGGCAUGAUCGCCGAGGCGGCCUCCAACCCUCCAGGCACCCACGAUGACGGGUUCGAGUUUGCUAUGCCACUGUGGUCACAGAUCAAAAUCGUCACCCACAGAAUGAACGUUGCCCUGUACCGCAACACCGACUACACGAACAACAAGUUCGCUCUUCAUGUCUCCAACGCCCUCUUCAACGGCUUCUCCUUCUGGAUGAUCGGUGACGGUUUGACAGAUAUCCAAUUGAAACUCUUUACAAUUUUCAACUUCAUCUUCGUCGCACCGGGGACCAUCGCCCAACUACAGCCUCUCUUCAUUGAACGCCGCGACCUCUUCGAGACCAGGGAGAAGAAAUCUAAGAUGUACAGCUGGGUCGCCUUUGUUACAGGCCUGGUCGUUUCGGAGUUCCCUUACCUCAUUAUCUGCGCCUUCCUGUACUUUGUGUGUUGGUACUACACUGUCGGAUUUCCCAACAACAGCAACAGUGCUGGCGGCACAUUCUUCGUCAUGCUCUUCUACGAGUUCCUAUACACGGGCAUUGGUCAGUUCAUCGCCGCAUACGCUCCAAAUGCGGUCUUUGCAGCCCUCGUCGAUCCUCUCCUCAUCGGCGUGCUCGUUUCCUUCUGCGGCACUCUUGUGCCCUAUGCACAGAUCCAGGCUUUCUGGCGCUACUGGAUGUACUGGAUGGAUCCUUUCACUUAUAUUAUGGGAUCCCUACUUUCAUUCGCCGUCUGGGACUCGAAGAUCACUUGCAAGGAGAACGAGUUCGCCUUGUUCGACACCCCCAACAACGUCACUUGUCGCGAGUACCUGGCUGGAUACUUGCAGACACCACACGGUCAGCUAGCUAACCUCGUCAACCCGGAUGCGACGAGCGGGUGUCGUGUGUGUGAGUACAGGACUGGUGCUGAUUACUUGUAUACACUCAACUUGAAGCACAAAUAUGUCGGGUGGCGAGACGCUGCGAUAGUGGUCAUCUUCGUCUUCAGCUCUUAUGCUUUGGUCUACGCACUGAUGAAGCUUAGGACGAAACAGAGUAAGAAGGCUGAGAGCUGA